AUGCCCGAUGCUGGGGUCAACAGGACUUACUUCCCCUUCUUCUCGGACGUGGAGGGCCACCACAGCACCGGGCUGCGUGCUGUCGAGUCGGCCGUGCUGGCCUGCAUCUUCCUGACGGCUCUGGCAGGCAACGUGUGGGGCAUCUGCCUGCUGGCGCGGCGGCGGCACCGGCUCUGCGCCGCCAACUGCCUGGUGCUCAACCUCUUCUGUGCCGACCUGCUCUUCAUCAGCGCCAUGCCCAUCAUCAGCGUGGUACGCUGGACCGGUGGCUGGGUGCUGGGCCCCGCUGUCUGCCACCUGCUCUUCUACAUGGUCAGCCUGAGUGGCACCGUCGUUAUCCUCUCGCUGGGCGCCGUCAGCCUGGAGCGCGUGGUCAGCAUCGCACGGCUGCAGCACCGCACCGUGUGCCGCCGCCGGGCCCUCGCCGCCACUCUCCUCCUCAUCUGGGGCUUCUCCGCCCUCGCCACCCUCCCGCUCUGCCUCUUCUUCACCGUGGUGCCGCUGGCCACCGACGACAGCAAGAAUGUCCAGAUUUGCACUUUGCUUUGGCCCAGCAUUGAAGGAGAAAUAGUUUGGGAUGUGGCCUUCGCCAUUGUUGUCUUUUUAAUACCAGGAUUAAUCGUUGUCAUCAGUUACUCAAAAAUUCUACAGAUUACAAAAGCAUCAAGAAGGAGUUUAAAUGCUGGCUUAGCCUACUCAGAAAAUCAUCGCAUUCGUGUUUCCCAACAAGAUUACAAACUAUUUCGAGCCCUGUUUGUAUUGAUGAUCUCCUUCUUCAUCAUGUGGAGCCCAAUUAUAAUCACUAUUUUUUUAAUUUUAGUCCAGAACUUCAAACAAGAUUUGCAUAUUUUGCCAUCAGUGUUUUUCUGGAUCAUGGUAUUCACUUUUGCCAACUCUGCUGUCAAUCCAAUUUUGUAUAAUGUUACCCAUUUUAGACGCAAAUGUCAGGAAAUACUUCUCUGCUGUAUAAGGAGCCCUAUAAGAAAUGGAGCUGGCACAGAAACCACUGUAAGAAGAAAUAACUGUGAACAACCUAAUUUAUCUUUCAUUUACAGAUAAUUAAAGUCUGAGCCAUGCCACUCUUCAGAUG